CUAGGCUAAAACGACCAUUCACAAUGAUCCAUUCACUGUGAAUUACUUUCAUUCCCUAGAAAACAUUGAGGGAAUUCCCGAUAGAUCUCGAGUGUCAUAAGUUAUGGCGUUGGCCUAGAUUAGUUCGUUAUAAACAUUCGUGUAGUCUUCCUUAGUAAGUCACUAUUAUUAGUUUUAUGUUUGUGUAAGGAAUACAUUCUUCGUUGGUUUUUAAAUUUAAUUGCAGGUGUUGAGGCAAGUUAACCUGGAUAAAAAGAUUUUGGGACAUAUUUUUUAGUCAGAUCAGGGCCAAGAUUUCAAGAUGCGAGAGGAAUACCUGAUUAAGGUGGUGAUCAUCGGGAACCAGGGGGUAGGGAAGUCGUGUCUGAUGUUAAACUACGUGGACGGGACCUUUAUCACACCCCACAUCAACACUAUCGGCGUGGACUUUAAAUUUAAGGACCUGGAGAGGGACGACUGCUUGGCCAAGUUACAGAUAUGGGACACAGCUGGGCAGGACAGGUUUCGGGCCAUCGUGUCCAGCUUUUACCGCGGGGCCGAAGGGCUGAUGGUCGUGUUUGACGUCACGGACGAGCUGAGCUUCCAGAAGGUUCCUGAGUGGUUCAAAGAGGCCAGCCGCCACGGUAGCACUGACUGCAUUAAAGUGUUGGUCGGGAACAAAACGGACCUGGUUGAGGAAAGGAAAGUGGAUGCCAAAGCUGCGGCAUCCUUGGCCUCCAAAUUUGGCGCCAAGUACAUUGAAACCAGCGCGAAGACCGCGUCUAACGUACACCAGGCGUUUGACCUACUAGCCGACAACAUCAUCCGGAAAAAGAAAACGUUCGGGUACACCAUGGACCCCGCCAUGACGGAAUCUUUCCACCUCAAGUCUGAGGAUGCAGAGAACGCCGGGUGGUGCUACGGCUACUGCAAUUACUUCUAAGGUUAUUGCAAUUACUUCUAAGGUUACUGCAAUUACUUCUAAGGUUAUUGCAAUUACUUCUAAGGUUACUGCAAUUACUUCUAAGGUUACUGCAAUUACUUCUAAGGUUAUUGCAAUUACUUCUAAGGUUAUUGCAAUUACUUCUAAGGUUAUUGCAAUUACUUCUAAGGUUAUUGCAAUUACUUCUAAGGUUAUUGCAAUUACUUCUAAAAUCACAUGCAAAUCGAAUUGUUUUUU